AUCUUCUUAUGCUCUCGGUUUCCCCUCCCUCUUGCUGGGUUUGGCCGCACCCCCAGGAAAACCAAAGCCACCAUUUCUCUCUCUCUCUAAAUAGCCUGCGUAUUUCUCUCGAAGAGAAUCUCAAUCUCUCCUCGCCAUGCUCUUUCCGUCCUGCAAUAACUGAACCACUCAUACAUUGUAGCAGCAAUGUCUUCCGCAACCGUUAACAUUCGAAUUUCCUCCACCGCCACUCUAACGAGACCGGGCAGCCCCUACUUGCUGCCCGCCUCUUCGUCGCUGAAGCUGACUGUGCCCUCUUCGUACAUGAUCCGGGGGGCUCGGGCACUACGGGCGGGCCUGAGAAUCGGGGAACCUGAUCCCGUGAGCCCUUUUUUAGUGAGAAGGAGAAGAGGGUCAGGAAAUUUCGUUUGCGGUGCUCAAGAUGCUCUUGCUCAAGCUGUGGAAGUUACUGAAUCGUCUUGGAAAGAUUCCGUUCUCGAAAGUGAGGUUCCUGUUGUCGUUGAAUUUUGGGCGCCAUGGUGUGGACCUUGCAGGAUGAUUGAACCUCUGAUUGAUGAGAUUGCGAGGCAGUAUGUGGGGAAAGUGAAGUGCUUCAAGCUCAACACUGAUGAAAGCCCACAGGUUGCGACUGAUUACGGUAUUCGGAGCAUCCCAACUGUUCUACUAUUCAAAAAUGGGGAGAAGCAAGACACUGUGAUUGGGGCUGUACCCAAAUCUGCAUUAGUAGCAACCAUCGAGAAACACCUGGUUUCCUAGAGAGCUAUUUCUGGUGUUGCAAUUAUUCUUGAUGGGGAAUGUCAGGUUUCUGACCUUUUUUAGGUACACUGAUCCUACUCAAAAUAAAGUGACAAUUACCCAUAAAGGUUGCAAUUAGUGAUGGCCCUGUACAUUAUAUAUGUGUUUUCGAAGAUUUUAUUUAAUUGUAAAUUUGUUUGGGAAUCCAUGUUGCUUUGCUGCCUUUGCCAUAACUUAUUGCAUUGGGGUAUGCAUUUAUUGAGACUCCUGCGGUUACGGAGUUUACCUCACAAAAGUUGAUGCCAAUGUUUAGACUAUGCAAACUUCAAAGUCUGGGUUAAAUAAAUAUGUUCUAUAGGUGCUUGAAAGUA